AUGAAGCGAGAAAGACAGUUCACGGUAAACGAUGAAGACGCGCAGAGGCGCCGGGCACAGACGGAUAGUGGGGAUGACGAGACGCUGUUGAAGGAGGAGAUUCUAACGGUGGAGGAGACACAGACUGUCCUUGUCCGCCUACCGUGCCUGGACUUCUUUAGGGAUGCGCAUAUAUGCGAGGAGGCCGCCGCCAAUGGCCGUGCGGAGGCCACUCAUGAGGGGGAUGAGCGGCACCCGUCGCGGUUCAGGGCAGACGGGCUCACCUUCAAAAGUGGCACGCUGGAAACAGCUCACCCAGUCGUCGUGCUUCGUACAAAAGAGUACGGUGAAAUGGAGUUUGAGGGGUCAUGGGUCGCCUCUCAUGAAAAGAGCGUCUUUGACGCGCCGUCGAGUAAUCGUGUGGUGGUGCAACUCUGCGAGAGGGGCGAUGAACAAACAGAGAAGGGAAUUCACGGUAGUGUCCACGAUGCAAGUGGUAGCGGUAGCGGUGCUUUUAAUGAACCGCGUUCGGUCAGUGAUAAAAGAGGCGCAUCAACGGGAGUUGGAGUGGCGAGUCUCUUGAAACACCCGUCCGUUGGCAUCACAGCUGACGAGGCACGUGGACGAAAAAGGGCUCGCAACGCAUCAUGGGGCUACGGACGAAUAGAUGUACCAUGUGCAACGCUGGUGCUACGACGUGUGAAGUAA